UAUGUAAGCGUCCAUUUGUCUACGUCACCGAGUAGUGGAAUGCAGUGGAACAGCGUGGAAUCUGUAUUUUAUUGUAGCGGCGGUUGGAGUCUAGUCAUAAUUGGUUAGUAUAUAAACAGGAAAAUUAACAGCGGUUUGCAUUAAACUUUCGUUGUAUAUUCGUGCAUGAAACAUAAAAAUAAGGGAAUAUUGUGUGGCGCUUACUAAUUCAAUUGUUCUGCCUUGCUUCGUUAACUCUGCGAGUGCCUAGUGAAGAUGAGAAACUACAUGAACGUACUGUAUUUCUGUGUGUUCCUUUUUCUGUAUUCACAUGCUGGCCAUGGCGCCAGACAAGGACAAGACAUAAAAUGUGGAGCAUGCAGAGCACUGGUGGAUGAGAUGGAAUGGGCAAUUUCCCAAGUGGACCCCAAGAAAAUGAUACAGACUGGGUCCUUCAGGAUCAACCCAGAUGGCAGCCAGUCCAUCAGAGAGGUUCCCUUAGCCCGAUCAGAAGGUCAUCUCCUUGAAUUGCUGGAGGAUGUGUGUGACAAAAUGAAGGAUUAUGGGGAACGCACUGACCCCACGACAAAUCGUAAGACUUAUACAAGGGUCACAUCAAGAGAUGGCAAAUCUAUGGACCUUUCUGAAACAACAUUUGACUCCAGAGUUACCUCAGGCCUCAAAUAUGCAUGUGAAACAAUCGUGGAACACCAUGAGGAUGAACUCAUCGAGUUCUUCUCCCAUGAAACGAACAAUGUCAAAGACAAACUUUGCAGCAAACGGACUGAUUUAUGUGACUACGCUCUCAGCAUGCCACAUGAUGAGCUCUGACAGGGACUCAAAGACUCCAUGUGUCAUCUCGCAACUAUCUUCACUCUCUAGGGAAUCACUGAGAAAAAAAUUUGGCAUUGUUACCAGCUACAUAUUAUCAUUUAACCCUUUUAGCACAGAUCAUUUCAAUGAUCCAGUACUGUAGGUACCGUAAUAAAUUUAAACAAGCCCUACUUGUUUCUCUUUCUAAAUCUGAUCUGAAUGUCUCAAUGUUCAAAAUAUGUUCAGCAGUUUAUAGCAAUCAGUCAUUUCAUUCAUAGCUGAAAAUGGAUAAACUAUAGAAUUUUUUUCCUUCUAGUAAAAGUAUUAUACAGGGGACAUCGGAAACGCUUCCCUGAAGUAAUAUUGUAGACAACAUUGUAUACAUAAUGUGAUAUAGUUCUCGUAUACCAGUGCAGACCUUCUUAAUAAUGUACACAUUUUAAUGUUAUUUAUCUCCGAUCCGGGUAAAAGUGCUUUGUCCAUUGAUUGCUGAAUAUGUCUCACCCAGUGGUCACACAAAUGCUGUAUUUAAUUUCACUUAUUUGUGGUUGCAAUAUUUUGUUUAAGGUUCCCUGUAGAGCAGUUUUGUUUACCUUCCUUUCCAGUUUUUUUCUGUGUAUACAUUUAGAAGUGGUUUAACAUUGUCAUUUGGUAAACAUUUUUCAUUUGAUGGAAACACGUUUGUAUAAUAAAUGAGGCCU